CCUGGCCGCAACUUUCACUUUCGUUCCCGCUAGGAGAGAAUGGCCAUAGUUCCCAUAGCCGUAGUCGUAGUCAUAGUUAGUAUAGUUAUUCAUUGAUGUUCUUCGCCGGUAACGAAAUUUAUAAAAAAAAGAUUUUCAGUUUAGUCUUAAAAUAAACACUAUUUUAUUAUACAAAUCAAGCUCACAUUCAUUACCCAAGUAAGCCCUAUUUCUUAAAUUUAUUGGUAAUUAUUGUUUAGAUAAUUUUAAUUAGUAAGUACUAAUAAAUAUUGGUCAUCUUAUAACUUACGUUCGCUGCGCCGUGGCUGUGAGUGUGUUACUGUGUAGGAUUCUCUCCCUUUUGUUGAUCUUCUUGUUAAUGCUAAAUUAUUAAGUAAUUAAGGCAAGGACUGUUACUAAUAACAUUAUUGCUUGACUUUGUAACCACACUACAGGCAGACACAAAGUGUGAAAUUCCUAGGGCCCUAGCCCUAGUAGGAGAUGCUUAACUUCUUUUAAUCUAAGAAUGCCUAAAUCACUAAAUCUUGAUGAUUGAUGGCAUGGCAAAGUAAAAUCAGCACACUAGUACUAGCUAAGUAUUUGAUGCAGGGCUGUCUUUACAGCUGCAGGGAUCCUGGGAAAAGUAAUGCACCGAGGCGCCCUACUCCUCUAUAUACUAUACUCAGGGCUUUGUAAAGAAGGGGCAGGACGAGAUUUGCCAAUCACCCCUGGCACCAGCAUCAGGAGGUGACUAAACUGUGGGGGUAGCAUUUAAGACUACCCGUUCAGUGAGCGGGCGUGGGUGCAGGGCUUCUAUCAGCACUGAAAUUAGGCAUUUUGAUGCCCAGGGCCAGCUCUGACUUCGUCGCCCCCAUCAUACAUAAUCAUAAAUUCAUUCUGAGAGUGGAGCUCCUUGAAUGUAUGCUUUUAGCCCUAGCUUAGUUUUGCCCCUGGAAUCUUUAUACCGGUACUCCAACUACAUAUAGAAAACUAAAGGGAAAUCAUAAUUUUGGUGGUUCAAAAGAAUCAUUGUAAUUACUUACUUCCAGCACUAUUUUUUAUAUGACAGUACUGUCACUUUAAUUGGGGAGGGAGAAGAGAUCAAGUGUGUCGAAUGAAACUGGUCGCAAGAUUUGGGGAGGGGUGUUAGUAAGUGUCAGUUCACACAUUCUGAAUCUAUUUCCUUUCAAAUUAUCGUUCAUACAUUUGAUGCGAUUUUUGUGUGAAGCCACAUCUUUCAAAUUACUAAUUGAUCUAUUCUGUUUUUUUGUCCAAAAAAAAAAACCAUGCACAAAAUUUGACGCAAAUUCCCUUCCCAAAAAUUUUUUGGACAAAUUUUGGCCCAUAAAUGAAUUUAGUUAAGCAUCAUUCUACAUUUAAUCGGCUUGCAACUGAAAAGAUGCUAAUAAUUGAAAUUUAGGUUACCUCGACCAUGCAUGGUUCAUGGGUACACAAUUCCUUUUAUUUUUAGUUGUAUCUAAAUACUAAUGUUGUUUCAUAAUUUUAUUUUUAAAUUACCCGUAUUUAUUUGUUCAAACUAUUCCAUCAAUGAAUGAGUUUUAAAAAAUAUCAAAACAGUUGUUCAUUAGAAAAAACAAAAAACAAACUAUUAGUAUAUUAGUGUCAUAACCAUCAUUCUGCAUUCAUUUAAAACUUUUAUAAGUAGGUAUUUCCAUAAUUUACAUUUUCCAAAAGAUUAAAAAUACUACAUUUUAGAAAAGGUCUAUAUAUCUUGUAUGGCUAUUUAAAAUACAUAAUUUUUUAAAAAUUGUAUCUAAUUGGUAUAAAAAAGAAGAAAGUAAAUAUUUACUAAAGGCGUCAUUUAUUUAUUAAUGUAUGAUUUAUUUGUGGGAAGAUGAAGCAGUAUGGAUUUCCAAUCAAAUGUAAUUUAAAAGUUUUUAUGGAAUUUUUAACUAUUAUUAAUUUUUUCCUUUCAAUGACUAAAUAAUGAACCCCAAUCCCAGGAUAUUUUUGUUCAAAUUAACAAUUUAUCAAAAGAAAUUUUUUUAAAAACGUGUACCAAAAAAUUGAAAUCAUAAGAAAAUUGAAAAGUUUUUGUUUAAAACAACGGGAGAAACAGUCUUCCGGCUGCAUUUUGAAAGCAAAUUAAAAAAUUGAAUUGCAAAAAAUGUUUCAAUAUUCAUUAACAAUAUUGGGAGCAUAAUGCCCCUAGAGAUGUGAGCCUCCCUUCUGGGAGCACAUGGCCCCAUGCCUUAACAUGGCAAUGAUUUGAUGAGUUCAUUCUAAAUCUAGCCACUGUGACUAAGUGUAUCAGGACCAUUAAACAAAAUUUGUUGUUCUUAAACCACUUAUCAAAUUCAAGCAGGAAGGAGGGGUAUGUCGUUCGUCCGUCGAAGUCGACAAGGACCAUCGAAUCAUCCGGUUAGGUGCGGGCGGGGGGGUUGGGAUUACGGUGAGCUCUUAGGUGGCUUGUUAGACCGAUCCUUGCACGGAAUAAUCUAUGACACCGUGGGCAUGGAAUAGUUGCUUCAGACGAUGACCUAAUGUUGCUCUUUCGGACAAGCCUGCGUGUCUCAGCUGUGGUUAUUCUCUUAGCUUCAUGGGAUUUAGCCCCUUCUUGACAGCAGCUCUCCAUCUGGCUCUGUCCUGGGCUGUCUGCACCCAUUGAGUAGUGUUUAUGCUGAAGGCCUUUAGUGCCACUUUCAGUGAGUCUUUGUAACGCUUUCUUUGGCCUCCUUGGGAGCGCUUGCCUAUCGUGAGUUCUCCAAAGAAUAUUUGUUUCGGGAGCCGGUGGUCUGCCAUACGGGCUACGUGUCCCAUCCAACGGAGCUGAGACUGCAUCAGAGUGGUGAAGAUACUAGGUAGGUUCGCUCUAGCGAGGACCUCGGUGUCGGGGACUUUGUCUUGCCACCUGAUGUCGAGGAGUUUCCUGAGGCAGGUAGUGUGAAAAUGAUUCAGUUUCUUGGCGUGACGCUGGUAGACAGUCCACGUUUCACAUCCAUAAAGCAGUGUCGGGAGGACUGCUGCGCUAUAGACCUUGAGCUUUGUUUCACGACUGAUACCUCUCCUGUCCCAAACAGUGCUGCGGAGCCUGCCAAAUAGGGCACUUCCUUUUGCGAGUCUGCCAUUCAUUUCAUCAUCCAUGACGACAGAUCUAGAGAGAGUGCUGCCCAAGUAAGUAAAUUUAUCCACCGGGUUGAGACGCUGUCCACUGAUGAUGAUGUUGGGUUCAACGUAGGGCUUACUGGGAGCUGGCUGAUACAUCACCUCAGUCUUCUUUGUGUUGAUUGUGAGGCCAAAGUUAUUGCAGGCCUCUGAGAAGAUAUCAACACUGUGUUGCAUGACGGCUUCUGAUGGAGCAUUAAGGGCACAAUCGUCUGCAAACAGAAGCUCGUUGAUCGUGGUAUGUUUGACCUUGGUUUUAGCUUGAAGCCUCCUAAGGUUAAAUACUGAUCCAUCAGUACGAAACCGGAUUGGCAAGCCCAUGGUGGAGUCCUUGAACGCAUCAGACAGCAUUGCGGAAUACAUAAUACUGAAGAGUGUGGGAGCAAGAACACAACCCUGUUUUACACCGUUUGUGACGGGGAAUGCUGGAAGGAGGGGUAGUUUACCACUGGAGGUUGAUAUUUUUAUAGACAGCAGGCAGGAAUUUCCAAUCACAUUGUUUCUAGCCUUUUUCCAGGGCCCAUACAUAAAAGUCGUCAUGUGCCUUCGGGGUGGGGUUACUAAUUUGUGACGUGUAAUGAAUUUGUCUAAUUUGUGUUACAAAUUUUUGACAAUGGGAAAGAUGUAAUAAAAUGGACCAGAAUAACCUGAUGUUUGCUUUAGAUUGUGCACAAGAAGCCUUGCUGUAGCAAAGUCAAGGUAGUGUAGUACAUGUGAAUCAAGAUGUUGAAAACGUGCUCACUACAUGGAGCCAUUUAUUGAAGUGGGUUGUACCUUAUGCUCAGUUAAUAAAAAAUCAGGCCUAUCAUGAUGGUAUCAAGAUGUCUGCCUAUGUGGCUCUUUUUGGAUACAGAGUAAAGAUUGGGUUAAACCACCGAUCGCAACCUUUUUUGAGAGAGGAGCCAUUUUUUAUAAAUCUGGAAAAUAUUUUUGCAACCCGCAGCUUGCCUGCCAAUGGAUUAAAAGCUUCUAUUCUACCUAAAGACGUUAACAGACCAUAAAUGGUGUCAAGAGCAAGAAAGACUUAGAUGAUAUUGUUUAAUCAGUAAGAAUCUUCUAAUGCUUAUCCCAACUUUUUCUGCCAAGUUUUUUUUAUCCCCUGGUAUAUUUUUUCAGGUAUUUCCCAAAAUAGUAUAUACAUGUUUGCAUUAUCUACAUUACUAUAGGUUAGUGUAUCAAUCUCUUGUGUCAUUUGCCAACAGAUGUAAAUAUCUGUGACCGGUUUAAUAAAAACGUGAAUAAUUUCCAACAUGUCAACUGUGGAGUUACUGGGGAUCCAAGGCAUUCGCAGUUUUGGUCCUGAUAAAGAUGACUUCCAGAAGAUCAAAUUCUUCAAGCCGCUCACACUAAUAUUAGGCCCAAAUGGUACUGGAAAAACUGUAAGCUCUUUUUUUACAUCACUCUUAUAAGCUUAAAUCAUAAAAUAAUAAAUAACCAACAUUUAGUGAACCAUGAUAUUUAAUCCCAUUUCAUGUUUUAGGAAUUCAUAGAGAUUAGUGAUAUGGCUAAUAUCAAAGUGAUAAAAAUGAAAGUAAAAACAAAAUAAUAAAAUAAUUGAAUUCAUGGAUGUAGAAAAUUAAAAUAUAAACCAGUUAUAUGAGUAACUUAUGAAAAAGCCACAUUUCAGACUAUCAUAGAGUGUCUCAAGUAUGCAGCCACGGGAGAUAUGCCCCCUGGUAGCAAAGGAGCAGCAUUUGUGCAUGAUCCCAAGGUAGGACUCUACAAUGAUGAUCGAUAUAUUUGAUUAGAUAAAAAUGUUACAUUUUGUUAAUUUUAAUUGAUACUGUUUGGUCUAUCUAGUAUCUAGCUUCAAAUAAUUACUCCCCAAUUUACAGCUUGCAAAAGAGAGGGAGAUAAAAGGACAAAUCAAAAUGAUGAUCAGAGAUUAUGCAGGUGUUUCUUGCACAGUUGAACGUUCAAUGACUGCAAGAGUAAAAGACAAGGAAGUAAAUACUAUGUUUGUCUCAAUUUAUUGAAAUAAAUUUGUAUUAAGUGAGAAAUAAAAAUAAAUUAGUACCCAUUUUAUUAUUUUCUUCUUGGCUUCAAAUAUAAAAUUAUGUAGUAAUCCAUUUUUAUAUUUUCUUGUAUUAAAUCUGAUAGAAAAUUUCAUUAAAAAAUUACCUCUUAGGGGAAAAAAGUGGAAUUGAAAACCUUGGAUGGUGUACUUACAAGGCUACCCAAAGAUGGGGAGAAGCAGUCAAUUACCUCAAGGUGUGCUGACUUGAAUAGAGAGGUAAUCACAAACUCACAAGCAUUGGCUGAGUAAGACCUCCAGUCUCUUGAUGCCAAUUUUAUUUUGCUCUUCAUAUUUCACAAAAAAAGGCCUAAAAAUUUGAAAUAAAUAUUGAUAUUUAAUUCAAGUUUUGAAAUAUGAAACGACUUUAUUUUGUUCAUUUUUCUUAAAAAGUACAAUAUUUAGUUAUGCUAUAUUUUAAUAUUUUUUUUAAUUUUCUCAUUAAAUUAAAUGAUGUAUAAGUAUUAUGCUAUCCAGUAUUACAGUGAAGCAAAAUAAACUUUUCAGAUGAUUGGUGCUUUGGGUGUUUCUAAACCUGUCUUGGAAAAUGUUAUUUUUUGUCACCAAGAAGAUUCCAACUGGUAAUUUGCAUUGUACAUUAGCCUUUAGUUUUUUAAUAAAAUGUAGGCUUAACUUCAAUUUUUAAGAACUUUUUCAUUUAGAAGAUUGAUGCAUUUAAUUAAUUUUCAAUGUUUCAGGAAUUUGGUUUUGUUAAUAUUUUUUAAAAUGUUUAUUAGUUUUGAUUUUGUUCUAUGUGCCACACAAAUUUUAUGCUUUAGGCCUCUGAGUGAAGGAAAAGUUCUCAAAGAGAAGUUUGAUGCCAUUUUUGCCUCUACCCGUUACACUAAAGCUUUGGAUGAAAUUAAAAAACUUAAAACUGCUCAGGUUUGUUGCUUUGUCUUAAUGUUGGGUCACUAGUUUUAAUUUUGUGUUAAACAAGUCAUAAUUGUUAAAUGUAUUACAUAAGAAUGCCUAAAUGUUUAUCAUUUUUCUUGUAUAUCUUGAGUGCCCAAGAUCAUUGUAUUGAUAAUUCUUGCUCCUAUAUAGAUGGUUUUCGCAAUGUUUCUGUGCAUAAGAAGGCCUUACUGUCUAUCGUAUGUGUAUUCAUUGCUAUUAAUAUUUUUAUACCACAUUUUUAUAUCUGCGAAAAUAAAAUACAUAUACUUUUUCUUUCAGGACCAAGAUAUCAGAGAAAAUAAAAAAGAGCUGGAAUAUUUGAGGCAGCACAAAACAAAAGCAGAUGAGGUAAGCACUUAAGAAUUUUGCUCUCACUUGUUUUUAUAAUUACCUAAUAAUUUGUGCUUAUUUUUUUUUUUGCAUUUCAAAUUUGUGUCACUACUUUUUGUCAUUAUUUCAAUUUUUAAAAAUUUAGAUUCAUGGCCUUAAGAAUAAUUUCAGAUGAUAUAAACAAGUGCUAAUUAAGGUAUUAAAAAUAAGCAAUUAUGAGACAUUUUGUAUUAUGCUCAUUAUACAAAAAUAUUAAAAUAAUCUCCUCACUCAAAAUAGAGCUUUUUCAUAAAUAUAAAAGUUCAGUUAAACUAAAAAAAAAUAUAUAAAAAAAUUAAUUUAAUUUAUGAAACCAAUGAUUUACUACCAGUGAUAAAGUAUCCUAAUUCAUCUAUUGUUGAAUAGCUAUAAAUCAAUGCACAUUUCUCAGACCAGAAUCUUUUCAUCUUUUUUUGUAAUAAGCUCAUUACUGGAACAAUUUUGUUGUAAUAAUCAAUCAAUAAUAGGUCCACUAACAAAAUAAUGAGACAACCUAUCUUGUGUGUAAAGAGCUUUAUGGCUCUAGUAAGUCUUGAAUAUAGUAUUUUAUCACAGGAAGUUAAUAGUCUCCACUGGUAAACAAAACAUUUAUUAAAAUUUAUAAAUUGGUUGAUUUUUUCUGUGGCUUCUGAUUUGAAAUGUUCUGUUUCAGCUUCAGAAAGAUUUAGAAGAACAUCAAAAUAAAUUAGCUGCUUCUGAGGGGGAAGUUGAGCAAAUUACUAAAGAGCUGGAGCCAAUCAAAGAUCAGCUCUUGAAAAUUGGGGCUCACCAAAAUGAAAUAUUUAAAUUGCAGACAUCAAGAGGUUUGCAAAAUGUUCACUGUGUUACUAACAUUUUUUAAUAUUGAUACAUAUUUUCCAAGUAAGAAAUGUAUAUUUUGUUACUUUUUUUAUAGUAUUAAAAGUAAGCAAUUAAUUUUGUGUGCUGGUACUGAUGGUUGGUUUUUUCUCAACUAGACAAGUGUGUAAAUGAAAGAGAGCAUAUAGAGAAAUCUAUCAAAGAUUUGAGGGCAAACAUCAAUGAAGAAUUCACAGGUAUAAUUCGUGUUUAUGGUGGUUUUUUUUUAAACAUUAAAAGUUAAUAAAACACACAUACAGCAUUAAAUUAAUCUUCUUUAAAAUAUAGGCCUUUAUAAACUUAUGUCCUAUUGAUCAACUGGAAGUAGUGUGCUGGGUCAGAUUAAUUACCAUACUACAUUUUUAUCUUUACAAUUCCUGAUUUCCUGUAUAAUGACAUAUUAUUUUUGCUCUUUUAUUUUUAUAGAGCCCUUUUACUAUUCCUAGGCUGAUUACUUCAAUGGCAUUUUGAAAUACCAAACUAUUAUGCUUAUAAAUGAUGUGACCUUAUGCAUACCGGUAUAGCUAUAAAUUCAUCAUUGCCACAUUCUAGAGUUGUAAGUGGAAUAUUUUUAAAUAACUUUGGCCUGCCACACAUUUUACUUUCCUUAACACACAGGAUCAACUACUGAACUUAAAAAUUUGCUGAGAGAUUUUUCUGCAAAGGUCCAGGAAAAAAAAGAUGAACUGAGUGAGGUAAGUUUGAAAAUAUUUUUUCAUGUGCUGUGUAUGUUUGUUGCAAGAAAGUAUACUAUUUUAUUUCAUUAGACACAAUACAACAUGAACUACAAAACUGUUAUCAUUUAUCAAAAGGGAAUAUCCAGUAAUGGAAGAAAAUCCCUAAAAAUUUAUUUGUGAAAUUUGCACUAAAACAUAAUGCAAGUGGCCAUAUUUGAAAAUUGGUUUGGACUGAUGGGACUAUUAUAUUAUAGCAGAAUGUAUCAAUAAAAAAUAUUUUAAAAUGGCUCAAUGUUUGUAUAUUGCACAGCAAUCUGAGCAACAAAAUAAACUAGUAGCUGAGCUUGAUAAAGUUGCCAAGGAAAGGAGCAGUUUGCUGAUGGAGAAAGGAAAGCUUGAGAAAGAAGCAGAGGUUGUGUUAAUUUGUGUUUGUUGUUAGAUGAUUUAAAGAAUCUGUUUUUGUUAUUUAUUUUAAAAAAUAAAUUUAUAGUGUAGCUGAAUGCAGUGCUUUGUCCAAUUUAUAUUAUAUGCAUAUUAGUUUUAUCUUUGCACGCUUGUACAAAUUUGAGUAAAUUAACAUAUAAUUAUCAUGUUUAUUUAUUCACUUGUAUUUUAUUUCAAGAUUCAAGAUGAAAAUGUCAAGAAAAGAAAUGCUAAGAUGCAAGAAACGGCAGUUUUAUAUCAGUUUGAUGGUAAAUAAUUCCAAUUCUGAUUGACUACGUUGCUGCAUCCAUGUACUGGCAUAUGUGCAACGGCUUGAGAAGUGAUGUGGCUAUCUUAACGGCUCCUAGCGGAUGCCAGGGCAGCCUUGAAACUCUCUCUUGAUUUUUGAGUCCACAGCAGUAUUGUCCAGUUGGUUCAAAGCAAUUAUUGUUUGUGGGAAGAAUGAUUGUUUAUAUUGAACUGUGUUACACCAAGGCACAGUGAAGCAUUUAUCAUUGUUCCGGAAAUUUCACUCAAGCAUUUAAUAAAAUUAGUUAAAGAUGUUUUACUAUUAUUUGUUAAAACCUGAGAAUAUUAUCAAAAUUUUAUAAAAUAUUUGGCCAUCUUUGCUCAAUCUUUUAUCAUCAAUUAACAUCUGCUGUAUUUCAAGAUAAUUUUUUUCAAAAUUGUAACUAUGUAUAUUUAUGGUCAUCUGAUCUAGAGAUAAAAAUAUGGAAUUACCACACAAAAAAGAUAUUCCCUCAAAUAAAUUUGCUUUCUAUCCAUAUCUUUUUAUAAUUCCCUUAAAUUUCCAAGAUUGAGCAUUAUCUUAGACAUCUAAAAUGUUUUCCAUUUAAUUUUAAUUCAGGUUUUGAGGGUAACACCGAGAUCAAUGAUGAGAAGUAUCGUUUAUUUUUUGAACUUGUGAAAGAAAAACUAACAUCUUUGAUGGAGGAAGGGAGGAGAAGAAAGGUUUCACAUUUUCUCUUAAUUUUAUUAAAGCUAGCAUAUUGGCAAAGUUUUAUAUACCAUAUUAGGAAAAAUAUUUUUCUAUAUUAUAAAACCUUAUGAAUGUUGCAUACCCGGUCAUAAAAGGUAUCUUUUUUAUUAAAGUGUUUAAAUUUAAUUUAGGAAAAAGGAUUUUUCACCCUAUCAGUAAGUUAUUGUUACAGGCUGAGUUUGAGGAAUCUGAAAAUCAAAUUCAAGAAAAAAUUGAUGCACUCAAGGAAAAUAAGACCAAAUUGGAGCAUGGAGAAAAGAUGAAAAAAGAAACCAUAGUAAGUGAAGGGUUGUUGUUUUUUUUUACUAUUUCAAGUUGACUUUAUUUAAUUGUUUUUUAAAUUUCAAAAUCUUUAACUGAAUAGGAAGAAAAUUAUUUCAAAAGUUUUUAAAAACUUUUUUUAGUGUCAAUACUACAUUUUUAUGCUGCAUAAUAUUAGCAAUAGGUUAAUCAACUUUCUUUUUUUUCCAGGCCAAAAACACUUUAGAAUUAAAAGAUAUCAAUCAAAAGCUUUCUCAGAUGUCUAGAUCUGCUGACAGGCUGACUGGAUUAGUUUCCGAUCUUAAAAGAGCUGUGAGUAGAUUAUAAAAGAAUUUAACACAUUGCUGACUUUAUUACUGUGUAGAACAAAAAUGUGCAAUUUUUAUACUGACAACAUAUUGUUUGCUACAUUUAUGUCAAGCAAUAGGUGCACUAUUCUGCCUGAGAAAGACAAAAAUAUUCAUUGACUGUUUAUAUUUUAAAAAUAGACACUAAGUUUCAAUGUCAAAGUACAAUCGUAUUAGAUUUGAAAAGUAGGGUGGGUGAGAGUUGCUUUUUUUUUUUGCCAGUUUAAUUUAAGGCUGAACCAUAUAUCUUUCAUAUGUAUGGUAAGAAUUCUUAUUCUUAUCUUUUGAGUUUUUAAACUCCAAAAAUUUUCGUCACCAUAAUUUAAAGGCCCACUCUGCCAAAAGGUUACUAUAAAUAAUAUAAAAUCACUAAAGCUAUUUUUGGCACCUGGUACCCAAGUUAUUGAAAAAAAUCAGUCAAUCUAUAUUUGGUAACAGAGUUAUGGAAAAUCAAUCAAUCUAAUUUUAGUAACUUCUUACUGUAAAAAAAAAUAAGGGGGAUUAUUAUUUAGGGGAACCUAUUUCUUUUAUCGUUUUUUUUUUUUUUUACAUACAAAUCUUUAAGAAAAAUGAUUGCGAAAAUUUUUUUAAAAAUAAUUUUAAUUAUGGAUAAAAUCUUAUCUUUUUACUUUAAAUUCUUUAAGUAUAGACCAUAAUUUUAAAAUUUAUAUUAAUAAAAAAAAUAAUGAGGAUUAUUAUUUAGGGGAACCUAUUUCUUUUAUCGUUUUUUUUUCUUUUUUACAUACAAAUCUUUAAGAAAAAUGAUUGCGAAAAUUUUUUUAAAAAUAAUUUUAAUUAUGGAUAAAAUCUUAUCUCUUUACUUUAAAUUCUUUAAGUAUAGACCAUAAUUUUAAAAUUUAGAUUAAUCAAAGUCAGUAAACCAUGAAAGUAUAUCGUUCUGAAAUGGUAUAGUUAGUCAUUAAAUUUCACUGUAAUUGAAGUUCUCAGCAGGGAUUUUUCUGUUAGGAAAUCAGCUGAAUCUACAGGAUAAUUUUUAUUGAGUCCCUUUACUCUAACUUCACUUGGGAAAAUUUUUCUGAAGUAUUUGACAUGCUCUCAAUUACCCUGGCAUAAUUUAGUAAUUGAUCAUACUUGUUUUAUAAAGUAUGACUUUGAAAUAACUGUCUUAAUUGUAGAUGAAAAUCAUUGCCAUUUUAACACCAUGGGCCACCCAAUUGCAAAACAAAAAUGUUCACGUGUUAAGUACGGUAUUCAAUUAAAUCAUAAAUAGGCAUGUGAUACUAAUACUAAUAUAAAGAAAUCCAUACACUUGGUUUGAGCAUUUGAUGAUAAAAUAAAACUCUGGGUUAUUUAUACUGGAAAUAAAAUUGUUAAAAUAAAAAAGUUAUUGUUUUUGUAUUUUGACAAGUUUUACAAAUAUUCUCAGGAACAUGAAUUGAGAGCAGUUGAGAGUUCUAUCAAUGUUAAUGAGAUCAAGACAGAAAUUGCCGGCCUAGAUCACAAAAAAAAACAACUAGAUGCUGCACUCAGUGAACUGAAGUAAUAUAGACAUUUAGAUGAUUAUUGAAAGAAUUAGGUCUAGUUCAUUUACAUGGAUGUUUCUUAUGACUAAAGAUUUUUUACUGCUUGAUCUAUAAAAAAACUUCUGAGCUUACCAAAAAAAAAUACUUUGGGAUACAACUAGUGAUGAUAAAUUAUAUUAUUGGUAUGUUGAGCAUGGCCACUAUACAUACAGCUGCUACAUUUUUUUCUUAAACUGUGCUGGUUUUAGUCUUGCUCAUGCAUACACAGAAGCAUUAUUUCACUGCAUUUAGAGCCCAUCAGAGCUUUAAUGAAAAUAUUAAUAUUUAAAAUAAGGGGACAAGCCCAACAUCCAAAUUGCUUUGAACAACCAAUGUUACCAGUACCAUACUUGACACUUUUUUUCACCACCCAUCCGUUGGCUGUUCUUAUUUGCAUAACUCCAUCUAAUAAAAUUCUAAUCUAUUUCUAUCUAUUUGUAACAGAUACAUUUUUUUUAUCUGCCAACAUGUUUCAAAAGUCACUAUUCUAAUUACCCAGCAAUGAAUAGGAGAAAUGAAAUCAAGUCUUUUCUAGAGAAUAAAUAUUUUAAUCACAGUGAAGAGCACUUUUAAACAUAAAAGACAUAAUAAUUUUGUAUAUGUUGUUAGGGACUUGAAUGCAUGGUGUGAUUGCGUGUUGGUUUGAGAUUAUGUGUGUUGUUUUAUCUGUUAUUUUUAGUAUCUUGUGACGUAUUGUGUGGAAAGGGAUAUGAGGUAUUAUUAUUGUAGAUGGUUGUGGAGUGAUGUUCUUUGAGUACAGUAAUGGCAGUUGAGGAAUUAGCUGUUUAAUAAAGAUAUUUCAUACAAGAAUUAUAGUUGUGAAGUGUAUAUAAUUAAACCUCCCUAGACAACGAAGCCAACGAACCUAUUAAGUAAGAAUAGGUUUGUAACAUAUGUUUUAUUGUUAAAUUAGUUACUUCAAUUUUUAAUUAAAAUUAAGUAUGGAAACUAAUAAUAUAGUUAUAAUUAUUUCUUUGAUAAAAAUAAAAACUAUUAUCAAUUUAAUACAUGUUAACUAAAUUAUCCUUUUGAAUUAUUUGUUUAAUAUUUAUUACUUAUAUCUGCUUUACAUUUCUCAUGGCCGCAUUGACUCAGUUCUGAGAUGAACCGACUUAGUAAACAGUCUGGCAUUCAGACACAGCUGGAUAUGUUGAUUGCAAAUCAGGAGGUAACAUAUUUUUUUUUCAUCCACUGAAAAGCUGUUAUUUAUAAAUUCUAUUUUAAUAAGUCAGCCAGAGGCUGCAAAAACAUUUUCUAUCUUCUUUUGUCCUAUGGAACACAUAGCAAAGUAAAUGUCACAUCAAGUUCAAGUACUUUGCAAUAUUCCAAAGUUGCUCAAUCAUUUUUACCCCAGAAAAAAAAAAAAAGUAAUAUCAAUGCAUUUUGUUGCAUUUAGCAGCAAUCUCAGAUCUCUGGUAUGAGAAAUUAUUUUGUUUCAUUAAUUUGUUCUUAAAGCAAAUAUUUAUAUUUCGUUCUGACUGUAUAGACAAUAUUUAAUUUUUGUAAAUUAUAUUUCAAAUUAUGUCAUUUUUUUUUUAUUUUUGCACACACAAAAAAAACCCAGAAAAUUCUUUUUUUUAAAAUCUUGUUCUAUUUAGACACAUUUUAAAUUAUUUUUUAAAAUUAUUAAUUAGUAUGAUCAUUGUAGGAGAAAGAGGCUACCAUUGAAAGAUUACGUAAGCUUCAUGAAGACAACAUAAUGAGUUUACUGGGACAUGUGCCACUAGAUAAUCUGAGGGAAAGUGUCAGUGACUACAUCAGGUAAGUCACUGAAUAAUGUGUAUGUUGAAAUUCUGACACCAUUACUCUUUUAGUAGGAUUAAAAUACUAGAAAAGAACGAAACACUUAACCUUCUUGAAUAAUCAACUAUAUUAUGAAGGGGGAGAUAAAUGAUGGCUAGUGAAAUUUGUCUCAGUAUUCUGGGGUAAUCUUUGUUAAGGUGAAUGGUUUUUUUCUUUUUACUGAUUUUAAAAUAAUAUUUGACUAAACAUGAAAAGUUAAAUAUGUAUAUAUCUAUCUUCUGGCAGCAAUCAGACAGAAAAUGUGAAAAAGUGCAGCAAUGCCCUCAUUGACCUCAAAACACAGCUUUCAUCAAAGCAGGUUGAAAAAAAUGCAACAGCCGCCCAGCUGAGGCAGAAAGAGGAUGAGCUGAGGGCGGGAGAAGACAAGAUUAAUAGUGUUUGUGAGAGUCAAGAUAUGGAGGAGGAAUUUAACGAGGUAAAUCAAAUUGGUACUCCUGGAACUGAAUAAUUUAUUGGCAAUUUUUUAGAAAGACAUUGUUUAAUAAUGUUAAUACACGGUUAUGCACUUAAAUGAUGAAGGAAAAAAAUAUUGCUUUUUCUUUAUACUUAUACCGGUAGAUUUUUAAAAUUGAAUUAUAAUAACAUUUUUAAUGAAAAAAACAUUUAUGAUUAUAACAGGUACAAAGAUGUUUAACUCAGGCACAGGAAGAAAAAGGCUCACUUCUCGGGGCAGAUCACAUGAUAAAGAAAUACAUUAAAAAUCUGGAGAAAAAUAAUCCCUCAUGCCCUUUGUGCCAACGAGGUUUCCAACAGGCCCAGGAAGUAAGGGAACUUAUCCUCAAGCUUCAGGAACAACUUCGUAAAGUCCCUGUUAACAUACAGAAAGCUGACGAAGACAUGGAUAAGUAUCAAAAAAAAUAUGACAGCAUGAUGCAGUUGAGACCCAUCAAAGAAAAUAUGAUUGCACUGAAGGAGAAAGAUGUCCCAAAUCUUAAAGCUAAACUCAAGAAACUUGAUGAGGAAAUGAAGGCUUUAAAGGAAAAUAUAUUGACCAGGGAGGAUGAGUUUGGUAUUCAAGAAGGAGACCUGCACACUGCCAAAAGUUUUCAGCCAGAUGUCAUCGAUAUGGAUCGUCGUAGGGGAGAAGUGAGAGAGUUGCAAAGCAAGAUUGAAAAACAGAGGGCAUUGUUGCUGGGAGGAGAUAAGGCGCGGUCACUGGACGGUGUCAUGAAAGAAAGAGAGGAAAAGCAGUUAGAGUUGGACACAAUCAACCGCACACUGGACCUCCGCCGAGAAAAGCUCAGCGAAUUUCAGGAACAAACACAGAAGCUGAGGUCAGAAGUUCAUUCCCUUCUAGCUGAGAAGUUAGCUGUUGAAGGCGAUCUGCAGCAGAAGACCAAACUUGAAGAAAGGAAAGCCACAUUGACAAGUGACAAUAAGAACUAUCAAAGGGACAUUGAGGAAGCCAAAACUCAGAUGAGACCAAUAGAAGACCAAAUUGAAAAGUUGGUACAAGAGAAAGCAGGAGUUAGUAAAGAGAAAGAAAAAAUGAUGGAGGUUGCCAGAGCAGAUGUGGACAGUGUCAAAAAUAAGGGAAAUGGAGUGAAAAAUCUCAACACUGAAGUGAAAAAUUAUAUACAGUCUGGAAAGGCAGAAAAACUUCAGGCAUGCAAGAAGAAAGAAGAGCAAUUAGAUGCUCAACGUAUGAGGAAAGAAGAAUUGCUUGAAAUAGUUUCUAACAAGGCUAAAGAGCUGAGCAAUGAAAUUAGUAGUCAGCAAAUACGAGAGAGAGAACUCCAAGACUCUUUACAGCUUCGAAAUAAGCUGGAAGAGGUGAAAAACUUGAACUUAAAAGUCGAAGAGCUUCAAGAGCAACUUGGUGGACUGGAUGUGAGAAAUCUAGAGCGAGAGCGCCAGAAGUUAGUCAGAAAAGAAGGAGAGCUCGGCCAAAAGCAGAGUACCCUUCUUGGCAGACAGCAAGGUUUCAAGGACCAGAUAAAAACUUUUAACAAAGAAUUAGCUUCAGAAAUGUACAGAGAGGCUCAUCAGAAAUAUAAAUCCAAAGUCAUUGAAAUUAAAACCACAGAAAUUGUAAAUCAAGAUUUACAGAAAUAUUAUUCAGCCUUGGACAAAGCAAUUAUGAUGUAAGUAGAAGUUUACAUUGUUAUUUAGAUUUUACUGCACCUGCAUGAUUUUCAAGGAUUAGGUUUGAAACAUGACAUCAGUUCCGGUUUAAAAAGUGUUGUACAUAUUGGUUUUUAAAAGUUAAUUUUGGGUCCUUGCCUAAAUAGUGAUUUUCCCAUCUAGGUAUCAUAAAUCAAAAAUGGAAGAGAUUAACAUCAUCAUUCGGGAGCUGUGGAAGACAACCUACAUGGGCAAUGACAUUGAAACAAUAGAAAUUCAGUCUGAAUCUGAAGAAGCCUCUGGUGCAAUGAAGGCUAGAAGAAGCUAUCACUAUAGAGUGGUUAUGAUCAAGGCUGGGAUCGCCAUUGACAUGAGAGGCAGAUGUAGUGCUGGACAAAAGGUAAUUUAUUCUAGUAAACUCUUGUUUUCAAAGGAAAUAUUUUUAUUAUCAAUUUAUGUUUCCUGAAAUAUCUUAACUUUAAUGUCCUUGUUUUAAUGCACAAUAUUCAUGGUAAGUUUCUUAAUUUUCCUUUGUUGAGACAGUUAUAUUAACCAUGAUAUUAAAAACCACUUGAGAUUUCAUGUGCACUUACCGAGUACUGGUACCUUAAAGUUAAAGCAGAUUGAGGACUCUGUGUAGUUAAGACUAGAGAGAAUGAUUAAUUAAUUCAUUUUAAAAAAUGAACCAUGACUGCUGUACACAUUUUCAACGCUAAUUUAGAUCAAUAGCUAAUCAUUUAUAAUUACUGGUGUUAAUAUGAUUGAUUCAGUCAUGUUAUUGAUAUUUUAGGAAAUUAAUUUUGUGAACACUUAUGUUUUCUCCCUGCUCUAGGUGUUGGCUUCACUGAUUAUAAGAUUAGCUCUGGCAGAGACGUUCUGUGUCAACUGUGGAAUCCUUGCCUUGGACGAACCAACGACCAACUUGGACCGAGCCAACAUUGAGAGUUUAGCCUUAGCUUUAGUUCAGUAAGGAGCGCCUUUUUUAAAAUUAUGCAUGAACUGGUCUGGGUGUUCAGUCAGAUAAAGAAAUUUUGAUUGUGGAGAGGGGUCUUGACAAUUAAUUACCAAUUUAAGCCAAUAUUGUCAUCAGCAUCUUUGACAUCUUGUAUUUUAAACUAAUUUUUAUGGAAAAUGUAACAAAAUUAAUAAGACUGUAAAUUUAUUCAUUUGCAAUUUAACUGCUUCACUCUCUAUAUGUUUUGAAAUUAUUGAUAAUCCUCCCUUUUACAAGCAUGGACGCUGACAAAGUAACAUGUCUGGCAAAAAUGAUGUUUUCAAAUCCUAUUUUGAAUUUGAAGUUUUUAAAAAUUUGUAUCUUAUGAUUAUUCUUAUUUAUGAGUAUCAGAUAAAAAAAAAAUUUUCUUGUCAAAUCCUUUUUCGCAGCAAAGUAUUAAAAUUUUGCAAGAAGCUUAUUGAAGAAAGAGUGAAUAACUGAUUUAGAGAUUAUUAAACUGUCAGGAAUGCACACUAAAUGUGUACAAUUUUGUUUAGGACACUGUUUUAAAAUUCAAAAAUGUCUAAUUGAUAUCAUCAAACCAUCCUGGAAAAGUUCAUAUUAUUAUUAAUGGUCAUCAGUGAUAGAUAAAAUAAUUUAAAUUAGCAGUACCGUAUGUAUUACCUAUUAACUAUCAAAGCACUGUUAAAAAAAAUGUCUUCAUGUUUUCUAUUUUUUGGCUAAUAGAAUCAUAAAAGAAAAGCACAGCAACAGCCGCUUUCAGCUCAUUGUUAUAACACAUGAUGAAGAUUUUGUGGAGCUGCUUGGGAGAUCUGAAUAUGUUGAGCAGUUUGUGAAAGUUAGCAAGAAUAAAGAGUAAGCUUCAAAUUUAAAUCAGAUUACAUCCAGCAGCUAGUGCUAUUUAUUCAGAGCCAUUCAAACUAUCAGUUGUGAUGGUGAUGAACCAGCAAGUUUUUCUUUAUUCUUAAUUGUAGUAAUGCGACCAUGACAGUAUUUAUGAAGGCUGUUGUGAAAUGUUUAAUGUUUUUUGAUAGAUGUAUUCCUGAGAUUGUGUAGGUUGGAAGAAACACAAUUUUGGGCCAUGGGAAAUGCCUGUAUCCGGGUGAUCCAAGGAAUGCCUUUGGGAUGUGAAUAUGUUUAAUGAGAUGGCAUGUGUUGCUUGUGUACAGUCAAGAAUUCACCGAGACACAACUUACACAUCAGUAGUCAUUGAUGUACAGUGUUGCUACUGAACACCCAUUCAGACAUGUGUCUGAUAUAUAAAAGGAUAUGGCCCUGGAUGUCAAUUUUCCCAGACUGCUCUCAAACAUUCUUAUAAUGCCAACUUGAUCCUUCUGCUAGUUUAUUUUUGAUUCUGUGGGCUCAGUUUAAAAAAAUACAAAAACAAUAUAGACCAAUAAAUUGUAUUUCCCACAAUAAGUAGAAAGUUUUAAGACAAUGCCAUUGCUUCAGGGCAGAGAGAAAAAAGCCUUGCUCUGACAUUUCAGUCUGAACUAUCUAUUUUUAUGCAAUCUUAAUAAACUGGAUCUGAAAAACUAUUUUUAGGGGUCUAUGAAAAUCUAUUGGCAUAAAUUUCAUGUGCAUUGUUGCAUCAAUAACAUUAAUCUUUUUCAUUAUAGGUACAUUGUACAGUACUCCCAAAUUUUUUUUUAAUGUAAAGAUUUUCCUCAAAUUUUUUUUAAAAAAAUGUUACAUUAUAUCAAUAAUAUCAUAAAUCUCAAAUUUAAAAACAAAUAAAAACAGUUUGCAAGAGAUUAUACAAUCUAUAUUUCUCCUCAACUCAAAGCCUUAAAAAUGUCUUCAACUACAUUUUUUUACAUUUCUUUUCAUCAGAGGUCUCUCAAGGCUGGCACUUAAGAAGGUGGAGGAAUUACAUUGCUGAUGUCCCAGAGAUAUAUUUACCAAAGGACUAUAUGCUGUCAUACUGAUGACAAAAUAAAUAGCUAUCUAUAAUAUUUGAGACUAUUUUAGGUAUCAGUUACUUAAAUCAUGAAUUGAUUUUUUGAGAAUGAAAUUCUGAAUGAAAAUCAGAAAUUAUGCUUUUCAAAAAUGUUCAUAAAAAAAAUUAAGGAAAUGAGUAAAACAAAGCAAGGUCAAACCUGAAAAAAGGAAUGCAACAAAACAACGAAAGUGUCGCCAGGAAGCCUUCGUCAGCAACAAACAACAGAAAAAAACAGAAUAAAAUUGAAAAAAUAUAGCACUUAGUUGAGAAGUAGUAUCUGAGAGGGCAGCAAAAGAAUUGUGACAGAAAAUAAGUAGGUGAGAGAUUAAAUAGGGAAGAGGGAAAGGAAGGAGAAGCUAGUCCACUGCGAUUGGUUGUGGCGUGGAGGGGCAGAGCUAGCUCAAGCUGUGAAUAAAGACAUGACGUUCAUGCCAUGUGGUGUCAAGGUUCCAUAGUCAGUGGACUAACUUCUCUUUUAUUUCCCUAUUUAAUCUCUCACCUACUUUGUUUUACUCAUUUCCUAUUUCGCUAACCUGAUUGCAGUCUCUCCCCUUAUUACCGUAAAAAGUUUUACAGCAUCCCGAUUUUGGAAUAUCAACAGAAUGAA